AUGGCGUUUCUCCAGAUGACAACUCGAAAUAACACCUUGGUAGACGCGCUGGCCUUUAGGCCUGCUGGGCCAGGGCAUAUCUUUAACCACCCAAUUGUGCACUUGGCAUGGCCUCUGAAGAUUCCCGACUUUAUAACGUUAUUUCUCAGCCUCGCAAUAUGGGCUUGGUUUACUGAUGGCUGGGGUUUCUGGUCUCCAAAGCCUGACCCGCUUCUCUUCAUCCCGGUGAAAGACCGAAGUUCUUUUGCAGAGACUCCGAAGAAAUCCAGAAGCAUUAUAGAUGCUCUGACUGAGUUGGAUCUUAUAGUGUUUUGGGGUUCACAAGGUGGCAGAGCUGAAAGACUCGCUGGCGGUCUUGCGCGGGAAUGCAGCGCAAGAUAUGGCAUUCGAUGUUUAGCUGUUGACUUGGACGACUACGACUAUGAGGACCUACCCAGAAUUCCUUCAUCCAAGCUUGUAGUCUUUAUUAUUUCAACCUUCGGAGAGGGGGAUCCUACGGACAACUCUUAUGGAUUCUAUUCUGCCCUGUCAACACUAUUCGCAGAAGGCAAAGCGGAAUGCCUCCGGGAUUUGCAAUAUGCUGCAUUUGGUCUCGGGAAUAGAAACUACAAGUAUUUCAAUAAAGUCAUUGACACAGUUGACGACAUGCUCCAGCAGCUCGGCGCCAAGCGCUUGGGCAUGGUUGGCCGGGCGGAUGAAGCGAGAGGCGGCAUGGCUACACAAGAAGACUUUACAGAAUGGAAGGAAGCAGCGCUAGAGAGCAUCAAAUUGAAGUUCGGCGUUGAAGAACAGGCUGUGCGUUACACACCGGAACUCGACAUUGUCCCCGUGAUUGCACAUCGAAGCACCCUGCAUCUUGGAGAACCAAAAGUUGUGCAUCCUGGCGGCAGAACUGAGACGAAGAGGUUUCGAAACAGUCCUCUUGCUGUACCGAUAGUUACUUCGAGAGACCUUACACCGGGCGCCAGUCGCAGGUACAUUCACCUCGAAUUCGAUCUCUCUGGCGAUCGAUCUAUGAAAUACCAAACAGGAGAUCACCUGGCAGUAUGGCCUCAAAACCCGGAAGAGGAAAUUCAACGGCUCUGUUACUUGCUGGGAUUGAGUGAAGAAGAACGUACAGAAGCGAUUGAGUUAAAGUCGAGGGUCGAAAACAAGGAAGCACCAAUACCAUCUCCCACAACGAGGGAAACUAUCUUGCGGCAUUACCUACAGAUUUGCGCUCCCGUCUCACGAGACCUACUGUGGCUCAUUCUUGAAUACUGUCCCACUGAAGAGGCCACCGAGAUUAUCUCCACUUGGGCCAAGGACAAAGACAAGUUCAAAAGAGAUAUUUCCUCCCGCUACCUCACACUUAGCAAAGUUAUGCAACUUGCUGGUGGCAACAAAGUUUGGGAGAAACUGCCCUUCACUCUACUCGUGGAAGGUCUGGGCAAACUUCAGCCCCGUUAUUACUCAAUUGCAUCCUCGCCUUCGCUGUCGCCUCACCAGCCUGCCAUUACGGUUUCGGUAACCUCGAAGCUCUUGGGCUCCUCCGAAAAAGAUGUCCGAUUCUAUGGUGUUGCUUCCAACUAUUUACUCGCGAUCAAACGCAGCCAUGUGGACACAAGCAAUGAGACGCUUCCUACGAGCUGUGACGACUCUGAGUGUGAAGGCCCUCACUAUGAGAACACGAGCGGCAAAGUCUUCGUACAGCUCAGGAGAUCAACGUUUAAACUCCCGCCCAAUUCUCAAAGGCCAAUCAUCAUGAUAGGCGCGGGCACGGGCGUUGCUCCCUUUCGAGCCUUCGUGCAAGAGCGAGCCGCACUAGCCAGCCACAACAUCCCGACCGGACCGACGCUGCUCCUGUUUGGCUGUCGGUCUCCAUCCGAUGGUUAUCUAUACGCGGAAGAAUGGAAGGAUUACGAAACUCGCGUCCCAAACUUCGAAGUUGUGCCUGCUUUCUCGCGAUUCGGCAGCAAGAUACAUGUUCAAGAUUUGGUUGUAGAGCUCAAAGACCGAAUCGUGUGUCUUCUCGAUCAGAACGCAACUGUCUACAUAUGCGGAUCUGCGGAUAUGGCUCGAAAUGUGAGGAAUACAUUGAUGAAAAUAUUGAUGGAUUCGAAGGGAUGGAGUGAGGUGGAGGCUGAAAGGUACAUCAUGCACGAACUGAAGCGGGCAAAGAGAUUUCAGGAGGAUGUUUGGUCCGAUUAGAUAGAUAGUCCCCUAUUUGCCAAUUUGGAGUCUCUUUUAC